AAUUUAUCUAUUUCUUCCCAUUUCAAUUUAUUCAACCUUGACGAUUCCAAGAAACAACUACAACCAUCUCAGUCUCAAUCGCGGCCCCAAAUCGGUUCUCAAUCGCUACAGCAAGUUUCUCAAUCGUUACCUGCUACGGAAAGUGUGACUAAUGAUUUAUUAAUCAAUUUGAUAUCGGUAGAUGGUUCAAACAUUAAUAACUACUUAUUGACUAUUUUGUACAAGCUCAAUUUUCAGAUUCCGCUUGACGAUUUCUACAAUAUGCUUUACAAUAAUGAUAAACUAGCCUCUUUACUUCAAAUGAAUUAUCAAACUAAAAUAGAUAAAACAUUUCUCAAUACCAAUAAUGAGCUGUCGAUGGAAACAAUACACCUGCUUUUGAAUGUGUUUAAGACACCAGAACUUUUAGGAGAGUAUUUUCCUAGCAUGGAAAACAAGGAUCUCAAAUUGGCCAAUAUUAAUUAUCAUGAAUUGUUGAGGACUUUCUUGGCAAUUAAAAUUCUCUUUGAUGUUUUGAUUCAAAUGCCUCUGAAUUCAAAUGAAGAACCCCAAAAUUACACUAUUCCAAGAUUAUCUAUCUAUAAAACUUAUUAUAUUAUUUGCCAAAAAUUGAUUAUGAAAUAUCCCUCAUCCUCCAAUACUACCAAUGAGCAGCAGAAACUCAUCUUGGGGCAAUCCAAGCUAGGUAAAUUAAUUAAAUUGGUUUAUCCAAAUCUUCUCAUCAAAAGAUUGGGGAGUCGAGGUGAAUCAAAGUAUAAUUACCUAGGUGUGAUAUGGAAUGAGAAUAUAAUUGAUAAUGAAAUCAAGGAAUUGUGUGACAAGUAUGAAUUAAUUGAUUUGAACGACAUAUUUAAUGAUGAAAGAAAGGGAAGAGCAAUGAGUAGCUCAACUCCUAAGAAGGGUCACAAAAAAUCAAGCAGUAAAGGGAAAAUCAAGCUCGAAUCUAUACCUAUCAGCUUAAAUGCUCCAGAAACUCGUAAUAUUGGUCCAGCACCAAUAGCUACUGAGUUCUCGGACCCAAUUUCUUCACCAAAUUUGUCAUUUAUAAAACCUUUCUUGAAAUAUCCCUCAGAUGAUCAUUUCACCAUUCUCAAUGACGAGGAAAAUUGGUUCAAUGACGUUAGAAUCAGAAUAUAUUCUAAUUUUCCACAGCUUUCAAGGUCGGUAAUUCAUAAAAUUUUCUUGACAAAUGAUAAUUUAUUAACGAGCUCUAGCUUGUUGUCAAACUUGAUUGAACAGCUUGUGAUUCCUCUUGGCUCGUCGAUUGAUCAAGAAGCUACUGAUUUGAAUUUAUACCUCAUCAUUGUCAUAGAGAUUUUACCUUAUUUGUUACUUAUCAAGUCUUCAAGCAACAUGAACUUUUUAAAGAAUUUGAGAUUGAACCUUCUACAUUUGAUUAACAACCUUAAUAAUGAGUUGAAGAGGUUGGGAUUCACGAAGUUUGGCAUAAAUAAUUCAACUAUCUUUUUGAUUCUAUUGAAAAAAUUGAUCAACUUGAAUGAUCUUUUGAUUACUUUCAUAAAGUUGAUCAUUAAAGACGAUAGUAAAUCUAUGAUGUCGGUUGAUAUUGAAAAUUUCUUGAAGGUCAGCAACAGUAUUGGUUCACAACCAGGUGGAGCCGCGCCUGAAGGUUCAGUCAAACUCGAAGAGAGUCAGGAGGAAGACUUUUUCCUCAAUCUCAACUCCAACCUUACUUCUAAUUCGUUGAAUGAACUCAACUUUAGUUUCAAGAAUGACAUUUUGUCCAAUGAUUUAAUUUACACGUUGAUUGGAUAUAAUUUCGAUCCAUUGGUCAGCGAUGAAUUGAAAUCUUCUAUUUCAAUGAAUUUUAUUAACCAAGAAAUCAACAUAAUCGACGAGUUUUUCAAGAAGGACUUAUUAUCAUUUUUGAGUGAGAGUGAUCAUACCAGAAGUUCAUCAUCUUCAUCCGUUUCUAAUGUUAUUGAGUCGUCUGACCAAGAGGAGAAAUCACCUGUAGGAGGUGACUCAUUAUUGUCUAUCAAGGAAUUAAACAAGUUAUACUCCUUGAUUAGAUUAAUUGAUAAAAGGCUUCUUUCCACUCAUUUCAAAUCAAAGUACCCAAUUUUGAUCUACAAUAACUUUAUCAAUUUUAUUUUGAAUGAUAUCUUGAAGUUUAUAUUUUUGAAACAACAACAAUUUCAGUUACAAGGACACUCGCUGGGUGGCUCCAAUGAUGGAGAGUCUGAUGGGAAUCAAAAUAGCUUUGGAAAUUGGUGGGUUUUCAACUCUUUUAUUCAAGAAUAUUUGAGUUUGAUGGGUGAGAUCGUAGGGUUAGAGGACUCACUCUAG